AUGUCAGAAUUCAGAGCUAGCACACUAACGAAGUAUCCGAUAAUUAAUCACAAGUAUGACUGUGUUGUCGUGGGCGCUGGUGGAGCAGGUCUGAGAGCUGCCUUUGGUCUUGUAAGUCAAGGGUUCAACACCGCCUGCAUCACAAAGCUGUUCCCCACGAGAUCGCAUACAGUGGCAGCACAGGGCGGCAUUAACGCUUCUCUGAGCAACUAUGAGGACGAUUGUUGGUUGUGGCAUCAAUACGACACCGUGAAGGGGUCAGAUUGGCUAGGCGAUCAGAACGCCAUCCAUUAUAUGACGAAAAAUGCACCCAAGGCGGUGCUGGAACUUGAAAAUAUGGGUAUGCCGUUUUCUCGGUUUAAGAAUGGCAAAAUCUACCAACGGGCGUUUGGAGGACAGUCUUUGAAAUACGGCGCAGGCGGACAAGCCCACAGAACUUGUGCUGCUGCUGAUUCGACUGGACAUUAUAUGCUACACGCUCUCUACGGAGAAGCGGUCAGGCAUAAUUGCAAGUUCUUCGUCGAAUAUUUCGUGCUUGAUUUGCUAAUAGAGGAUGAUGGAUGCCGGGGUGUCCUUGCCUGGAAUUUAGAAGAUGGAACUAUGCACAGAUUUUUCGCAAGAAAUACUGUCAUUGCCACUGGUGGUUACGAAAGGGCAUAUUUUAGUUGUACUGCUGCCCAUACUUCCACCGGUGAUGGAACUGCAAUGGUAUCAAGAGCUGGUUUUCCACUUCAAGACCUGGAAUUCAUUCAAUUUCAUCCAACAGGGAUUUACGGUGUGGGGGUCCUCAUCACAGAGGGAGCAAGGGGUGAAGGCGGUUUUAUCAUCAAUGCAAACGGAGAACGCUUCAUGGAAAAGUACGCUCCUAAUCUCAAAGACCUCGCCUCCAGAGACGUGGUUUCUAGGAGCAUCACCUUAGAAAUUAUGGAAGGCAGAGGUUGCGGUCCGGAAAAGGAUCACGUUCACCUUCAAUUGCACCAUUUGCCUAAGGAGCAUAUACUGAAGCAGCUGCCAGGCAUCAAACAGACCUCCCAUGAUUUUGCCGGAGUGGAUAUCACAAGGGAACCCAUCCCCAUCAUACCUACGGUACACUACACGAUGGGGGGGAUACCUACGAAUUAUAAAGGACAAGUUUUGACUCAAGUGGAACCUGGAAAAGACAAACUAGUUAAAGGACUUUAUGCCUGUGGAGAAGUGGCUUCCGUAUCGGUGCACGGAGCUAAUAGAUUGGGCGCAAACUCUCUCCUGGAAACUGUGGUGUUCGGUAGAGCUGUCGCCGAUACAAUAGCUCAGGAAACUUGCCCCGGUGCUACCGUCAAGGUGUCUGAGGCUCUAGGUGAGUUUGCGCUAGAAAAUUUUGAUAAACUUCGUACUUCUAACGGAAAAAUUAGUGUUGGCACCUUGAGGCUCAAACUCCAAAAAGUUAUGCAGAAGUACGCAGCAGUGUUUCGAACACAAAAUGUGUUGGAGGAAGGGUGCACACAAGUGUCGGAACUAUAUUGUGAAUUGGACGAUUUGAAGAUUACUGAUCGCGGCUUAAUUUGGAAUACAGAUCUCUUGGAAGCCUUGGAACUUCAAAAUCUCUUUAUAAAUGCUAUACAGUCGAUUUACGCGAUGGAACAAAGGAAGGAGUCAAGAGGAGCGCAUGCUAGAGACGACUAUAAGAUUCGCGUGGAUGAAUUCGACUACUCCAAACCGAUAAGGAAACAGAAGAUUAGACCGCUUGACGAACAUUGGAGGAAACACACGUUAUCGUGGAUGGAUGUGGAAACUGGAGAAGUUUGCUUUACUUUUCGACCUGUACAGGACUGCACUUUGGAUGAGGACGAAUGUCCUAGUAUUCCUCCGAAAUUAAGAACUUAUUAA